ACUCAGCUUCUGCAGGAGACCUCAACUCAGCAUCUCCAUGAGACCCUACUCAACAUAUGCAGGAGACUUCAACUCAGCAUCUGCAUAAAACUCAAACUCAGCCUCUGCAGAAGACCCCAACUCAACAUCUGCAGGAGACCCCAACUCAGCCUCUACAGGAGAUCUCAACUCAGCAUCUGCAGGAGACCCCAACUCAGCAUCUACAAAAGACCCCAACUCAGACUCUGCAGGAGAGGCCAACUAAACCCCUGCAGAAGACUGUAACUAAGCCUAAGCUGAAGACCCCAAGCAUGCCUCUGCUGAAGACUUCAGCUCAGCCUCUGUGGAAGACCUCAAGGCGGUCUCGCAGGAGGACUCUAACUCAGCCUCACAGGAAGACCCCAAUUCACCCUCGACAGCCACAUCCAAUUGUGGCUGAACCUCCAACAUCUCAGCCAAUGUCACGAACUACAAAGACUGCACCUGGUACUAUCCUGAAGAAUACGAUAACUUUGGCUUCAAAGCACAGUAAGGUGACACUUCCACCUCCAUACCAGUCUCAGACUCAGCAUCCAACCCUGACAGAAGUCACAGUUAAAUCUUUGAGUCUGGAACGGCGUACUGUAAGAACUCCUUUCUCAACAAGACCCACCACAGAAAAUGCUGUAGGUGUGAAAACUGAACGGAAUGCCCCUCCAAGCACCAAUGUAUGUGAACUCUGUAACUGCCAAGACCGGACACUGUCAUGUGUGGAUCUCAGCCCAAUGCAGAGACUCCUCCAAGUUCCUGUGCCAGAUAUCGACCCCAAAAAGCAACUUUUUACUGUCUUAAAUUUCCAAGGAAACGAUAUCUCUUAUAUUGACAAAAAUAUAUGGGGAUGGUACCGUUGGACUGAGAAACUGUGAGUAUAUUCUCUCCAAAUAUGAAUGCAAUGCUGUACUGUUGGACCCCUCUUGGUCCAGAAAUCUGAAGAGAAUAGCUCUGAGAAAAGCCAUUGUCUCUCCACAUCCUAAACAAGUUCUACUGACUGAAAUUCUGCAAUUAUU